UGGCUUAAUGUCCAGAUGUGGGUGGAGAUGCGAGUGACGGAAGCGUACGUGAAGCAGGAGUUGGGCUUGGCCGGGCUGGCUGGAAAAACGCUGGAAAGUCACCCGAAUUACAAGAUUCUCAAGAACUUUAAGUAUGCGAGGGAGGGGCGCGAGCUGGACGAGCUGCUUGAGCAUCAAGCAUCGACCAAGUUCCUUUGGGAAGAUCUGCGCCUGAAUGAGGUUGAGCCAGAAUUGCUUAAGACCACCGACGCGUUUAAAACCUACGUUCGGUACGCCAACAAGGUGGACGAAGAUAUCUGGAGGUUCAAGACGGGCGCUUUCCACCAAAACCACCUCUUUGAACCCAAGGUCUACUACGGAGGCUCCCCAGAAGAAAUGGCGGUGAAACUGGAGCUUUGGGCCAAGGCAAAACGACCUGGAUGGUAUGUGAAGAAGCUGCUAUACAUCGAUGCUCUCGAGGGUACUGCACUUAUCUCUCACCCACACUACGCAUACUACCAAAAGUUUUUGGAUCUACGAGGUAAG